AUGGCAGCCGCUGAAGAAGACAAGUUACUACUGCCUCGGCUCCCUGAGCUCUUUGAAACCUGCAGGCAGCUUCUGGAGGAAGUGGAAGCAGCGAGCGAACCCACUGGUUCCCGGAUAAUCCAAGAGAAGGUGUUGAAGGGACUGGACCUCCUUAGGAAGGCUGCUGAUAUGUUAUCGCAGCUCGGCUUGUUCAGCCGAAAUGAAGAUUUGGAAGAAAUUGCUUCCACUGACCUGAAGUACCUGAUGGUGCCAGCAUUUCAAGGAGCACUUGCCAUGAAACAAGUCAACUUGAGUAAGCAUCUAGACCAUUUGCAGUGGGCUCGAGAACAUUUUUUAAACUACUUAACUCAGUGCCAGUACUAUCAUGUGGCAGAGUUUGAGUUGCCCCAAACCAAGAACAACUCAGCUGAAAAUAACACUGUUAGUUCCUCCAUGGCCUAUUCUAGCCUUGUUGCUAUACCAUCUCAAAGACAGGCUAAGAUAGAGAGAUACAAACAGAAAAAGGAAAUGGAGCAUAGGUUGUCUGCACUGAAAUCUGCUGUGGACAGUGGUCAAGCAGGUGACGAGUGUGUUCGUGAAUAUUAUCUCCUUCACCUUCAAAGGUGGAUUGGUAUCAGCUUAGAAGAAACUGAGAGCAUUGACAAGGAGGUAAAGAUCCUAAGAGAAAAAUACUCUUCAACAGAGGCAUCAACUUCUCACUCAUCUCUUCAGGACAGGCCUCCAAUGAAACCCUUCAUUCUCACUCGGAAUGUGGCCCAAGCCAAAGUAUUUGGAGCUGGUUAUCCAAGCCUGGCAUCUAUGACAGUGAAUGACUGGUAUGAUCGGCAUCAGAAAUUUGGAGCAUUACCAGAUCAGGGAAUAGCCAACAUGACAUCAGAGGUGAAAAGAGCAGCUCAGCAACAUGACGAUCAGGAGCAAAAGGAGGAAGAGGAUGAUGAGCAAACACUUCGCCAAGCUUGGGAGUGGGAUGACUGGAAGGACACCCAUCCUAGGGGCUAUGGCAAUCAACAGAACAUGGGUUAG